CUGGUCCAUCUGUCAGGCCCACAGUGUCUUUGCUCCCCCCGUCCUCUGAGCAGCUCUCGGCCACACUGGGGGCGAUGGUGAGCUGGUAGGUGAACGGGGAGGAGGUGACGGAGGGGGUCCUGACCACCACAGAAGAAGAGAAGGGCGGCCUCUACAGCCACAGCAGCACCCUAACCCUGAGCAAGGCACUCUGGGUAGAGGGAGAGGUGUACACCUGCAGGGUCACCCACGACGACACCAGUGAUUCAGCUGCCUUCCGGAGAAGUCACUGUAGUGUCUAGAAGCCAUUGUAGGGGGCUAGAGAGUCCCCACAUGGUGUUAAUGAAGGAAACAUUAGUGUUUUAGUGCUGAAUGUUAAAGUAUAACAGUGAAUAAUAUCAGUAAUGCUGAGUGCUAAAUGAACUAUUUUGAGAUUAAGUUGUGCAUGUCAUCUUGCCUCUGAGUUCAAAUAAAGCUUGUUUUGAUUUAAAUAUAAUAAUAAUAAUAAUAAUAUGCCAUUUAGUUGAUUUAAUCAUGAUUCCAGUGAUCACUAUCUCAUGAAUAGGUAGCACAUUUCAUUCUAAUUUAAAUUUAUCAGCUUCUUUCAUAAUUUAGCAUUGUAGCAGAUAGCUACUCUCAUGUUUUCAAACAGAAUUAAAAGGGCAUCUGAUACAACAAAUACUCUGCAAUCCUUUCUACAACUGAAUUAUCCUGUUAUACUGUAGUACCAAUAACAGUGAUAAUAAUUAGUGAUAUUUGAUAAUAAACCUCUAAGAUCUGCUCUCAGAACUCACACCUCUAAAUAGUUACUUUCCAUAAAAUAUGUACAUUUAUGGUGUUUAAUGCCUAAUAUGAUUUUAUUAAAAUAAAUGCUUCAGCAAUGGUUUUCAACAAUGUGUAGUCUAAACUUCUCCAUUAUAUUUCCCCAGAUCUUCUCUACCUAUCAAUCCCCUGGGGACAGAGUGAACGUCUGGUGACAGUGCUGCUCUAUUCUGGGACAAGCAGAACCACCCAGCCCUGUCUAUGUAAAUCUCAGUUUCACUCUCACAGCUAACAGUCUAGCAGUUGAACAGUUUCACUGCCUGAAAUACCCUGGACUGGGCCAGAUAUGAGAGAGUGACUGGUUUUAACCUCUAUGGUGGAUGCAGGAAUGGAGACAUAACAGAUAUGGCAUAAUGUAAUUAAUGACAGAUAAAAUGAGUAUUAUACUUUAUGUAGAUAGUGUAUAUAGUGUAGAUAGUGUAUGUAAAUAGUGUAGAUAGUGUAUGUAAAUAGUGUAGAUAGUGUAGUGUAGAUAGUGUAGUGUAGAUAGUGUAUGUAAAUAGUGUACAUGUGUCUCAUGGUUGAGUCCAGCAUCAGGUCUCAUUCACAGGUCUAGCAGUCAGUAAUCUAUUCGGGGAAAAAUGUUAAUAUUUUGCUGUAUAUGAAUACAUCCAUUAAAAUCAGACAUUUGGUUGUGAGGUCAAUUUGGGAACUUGUUUUGGGGGGGCUGAAGUGAUUGUAACGUUUAAGUAAUGUAAAGGUCAUUACACCUUUUGUUUGGCUUCUCAUGUGGACUGGUAAUAGCUCCCAUUUGACCUGUGAACCUAAAUUGUCCAGCAGACAUAUGACAACAAUCGUCUACACAUGACUGUGUCUUGUUGACUGUGUCUAAGUCCUGUACAGAGCUGGGUAAAAAAAGUGUUCCAGUUCUCUGGCCCUUCCACUUGGAAGGAGCUUCAAAGGGACAUGAAAUUGCAGGAGCUUGUCUCUUUGACUGACUACUGUAGCUAAAGUAAAAACUAUGGUGGACAAUGAAGUGGGGGGCUGUCAAUGUUUUGACCCCUAGAUGCAGCACAUCUCCCCAAAUAAUUAUUGCCUUCUCAAUGUGUAAAUGUAUGGUUUUAAACUGUAGUGCUUUGUGUUUUAUGUUGUAAAUUGUGUGUAAAGCUUUGUGUGCUGCUAUUUUGUCCGGGCCUCUCUUAUAAAAUAGAUAAAUAAUAUUUUUCCAAUGCAAAACGUUUUGCUAUGGUGUACAACUAACAUAUAAACUCCAGACUUUCUUAGUCCCACAGAGACAGUGUAUUUGAAGAGUGGAGUGGCUGAUUGCCCAGCCAAUCAUAGCCUUGAUUGGUAAACUAGCCUCGGCUGGGCUCAAUUGAAGGCUGGGUUGGUGUUGGAAGGUUCUAGCAGGGCGUGACAGGAGAGAGGUUUUGUGUUGACUGCACCACAGGUCAUUUCAGGGCAGUGUCUCCCAAACCUUUUCUUUAGCAGAAACAGGGUUAAGUGCCUUGCUCAAGGGUACAUCAACAGAUUUUUCACCUAGUCAGCUCGUGGAUUAGAACCAGCGACCUUUCGGUUACUGGCACAACGCUCUUAACCACUAAGCUACCUGCCGACUAUUUAAGUCCCCCAGACAGUCCACUUAUUUGAUGUGUUCCAGAACUAGCACAGCUGAUUCUAAUGGUCACCUAAUCAGCAAGCCCCUCAUUAGGUAAAUCAGCUGUACUAAUUCUGGAAUAAAAUAAUAUGUGGACUUCCUCGGGUACUUAAGGAGAGGUUUGGGAUGCUCAAUGUGUAAAUGUAUGGUUUUAAACUGUAGUGCUUUGUGUUUUAUGUUGUAAAUUGUGUGUAAAGCUUUGUGUGCUGCUAUUUUGUCCGGGCCUCUCUUAUAAAAUAGAUGUUUAAUCUCAAUGAGACUAGCCUGGGAAAAUAAAGGUAAAAUAAAGAUAAAAUAAAUACAUAAAUAUUUGGUUUCAAAAUAUCAAACUUUUUUAAGUGAACUUUCAGGUCAUGACAAAUAUAAUGAAUUAUAACCAUGAUAACGAUGAUGAUGAUGAUGAUGAUGAUGAUGGGGAACAUGAUGAUGCUUUCUAAACAUGUUCAAAGUUGACUUCACUAAUCAGUGUUCCAUGUCACUGUCUCCUCCCCUCAGCACCUGCAGUAGGUCCCAGCUGUAGCAGUACAGUCACUGUGCAGUCUGACUGAGGGAGGUUUUUGUACGGCUCUGUAUCACUGUGUGAACACUCCACCACUGUGGUAACUCUGACAGUAGUAAUCUCCUGCAUCUUCAGCCUGGACUCCACUGAUGGUCAGAGUGAAGUCACUCCCAGAUCCACUGCCACUGAAUCUAGAUGGAGUCCCAGUGAACUUGCUGUUAAUGUUAUAAAUGAGGAGUUUAGGAGCUUCUCCAGGUCUCUGUAGGUACCAGUGCAGGUUACUCCCAUAAAUACCACUGCUGAGUUUACAGCCAAUGUUGACCGUCUCUCCAGUGCCAACAGCUUUCACUGCAGGUGUCUGAGUCAGAGUGUACUGUCCUCUGGAUUCUGAAUAUUAAAUGGUGAGAGAAACAAACAGAACACUUUUUAAUAUCUGAAAUAUGUAAUGAAUACAUUAUCCUGAGAUAAGCAUGAUUACUUACUCAAUUAUCAUUACUUAGAUAUUAAUCAUUCUUAUACCUUGUAUGUAGAAGACAAGUGUCCAGAUGAAGAUGGUGAUAAAAGUCAUGUUUGUUGUGGGUUCUGUUGUCAUGAAGGACAGCUCUCAGUCAUGAAGUGUUAAACUCACAGGGAUAUAAACACUCCCAGACCACUGAAGCAUGUGCUGCCAAUGCAAAGUGUUCAAUCUAUGCAAACAGGGGUAUAUUCAUUCCGCCGAUUCUGUUGCAAAACGUUUCUUAAACAGGAGCAAACAGAACGAAACAUGGAUGGACCUAUCUACAUUUUUCCAAUUGAAACUCGUUUUGCUCUGUUUGCUUCCUUUUGUUUCUUUUUUCCAACAGAAAUACAGGACGUGACAACUACAAUACCAAUGUCCAAGCAAGGCACAAAUUGGGAUAGCAAGAAUAGUUAAAUGGACAAUAAUAAAAAGUAUAAUAUUCACAGUUACACCACAUUAGAAAUUUACUUCAGUUACAUCCAUUAUGACCUCUAAAGUCCAUUAAACUAAGCAAUAAAGUAUCCGUUUGGUUCUUAAACGGUAAAGGUUUCUGUAAUGAAUACAACCCCCCCCCCCUAAGGUGUAUUCACUAGGAGCCUAACGGAAGCAAACAGAAGCAAACAGUAGGAAACUGAAAAAAACGGGGAGGGACCUAUCUGAUUUUGUCCAAUAGAAACUCACGUAUUCGUUUCAAAUCUUUUUCCAAUGCAAAACGUUUUGCUAUGGUGUACAACUAACAUAUAAACUCCAGACUUUCUUAGUCCCACAGAGACAGUGUAUUUGAAGAGUGGAGUGGCUGAUUGCCCAGCCAAUCAUAGCCUUGAUUGGUAAACUAGCCUCGGCUGGGCUGGUGUUGGAAGGUUCUAGCAGGGCGUGACAGGAGAGAGGUUUUGUGUUGACUGCACCACAGGUCAUUUCAGGGCAGUGUCUCCCAAACCUUUUCUUUAGCAGAAACUCAGGAGCAAAUAGGGUUAAGUGCCUUGCUCAAGGGCACAUCGACAGAUUUUUCACCUAGUCGGCUCGUGGAUUAGAACCAGCGACCUUUCGGUUACUGGCACAACGCUCUUAACCACUAAGCUACCUGCCGACUGUUCAAGUCCCCCACACAGUCCACUUAUUUGACGUGUUCCAGAACUAGCACAGCUGAUUCUAAUGGUCACCUAAUCAGCAAGCCCCUCAUUAGGUAAAUCAGCUGUACUAAUUCUGGAAUAAAAUAAUAUGUGGACUUCCUCGGGUACUUAAGGAGAGGUUUGGGAAACACUGAUUAAGGGAUUAGGAGUUAUAAUCAUGUUAUACCAUCUCAAUAAAUAUAGUAUAUUUGUCUCUUGAAAUUCACAACCUGACAGAGGGAUCAGGUUUUAUUCUGAAAUGCUGUGAGACAUUAUUAUUGUUAUAUGCAUGCAUUACUUACUUAAUUAUCAUGACUUAGAUAUUCAUAAUUCGUAUACCUUGUACGUAGAAAGCAAGUGUCCAGAUGAAGAUGGUGAACUUUCAGGUCAUGACAAAUAUAAUGAGUUACAACCAUGAUAACGAUGAUGAUGAUGAUGAUGAUGGGGAACAUGAUGAUCCUUUCUAAACAUAUUCAAUGUUGAUCUCCUUACUAAUCAGUCUGACUGAGGGAGGUUUUUGUACGGCUCUGUAUCACUGUCUGAACACAUAUUUACUAUUGGGAUAGUGGAAACUCUGACAGUAGUAAUCUCCUGCAUCUUCAGCCUGGACUCCACUGAUGGUCAGUGUGAAGUCACUAAGAGAUCCACUGCCACUGAAUCUAGAUGGAGUCCCAGACUGAAGUGUUGUAGCAUAGUAAAUAAGGAGUUUAGGAGCUCCUCCAGGUUUCUGUUGGUACCAGGCUAGAUAGUUAGUACCAUACACAUCACUGCUGGUUUUACAGUUCAGAGAGACUGUCUUUCCUGGGAGAACAGAUUCCACUGUAGGAGUCUGAGUCACAACGUACUGUCCACUGGAUUCUCAUAAAUUGACUGAAAAAAUGUCUGUGAAUGAAAUAGUAUAGUAAUUCAAAGUACUGAAUAGAAAUAUUAACUUUGAUAUACAUUUAAAUGGAGUAGAUCUAAUAAUAUUUUCAACAAUACAUUCGGAAAAUUGUAACUUUGAAAGCAGAAAGCAAGUGUCCAGAUGAAGAUGGUAAAAAAAGUCAUUGUUGUUGUGGGUUCUGUUGUCAUGAAGGACAGCUCUCAGUCAUGAAGUCUUAAACUCACAGGGCUAUAUAUAAUCUUAGAGCAGCGGAGAAGAUACAUUAUGCAAAUGAAUGUUUCAAAUCUAUUUCAGUUUCCAAGUAGGCUCCCAUCAUUAGAAUAUUUUUUGUCCUGCAUGAACUUGUUUUUAAAAUAAUAGUAAUUAGGUGGGUGCUUAUAUUUGUCUUUAUAUUUGUCAAAUAAAGUACAGAUACCCUACAAAAACUACUUAAGAAGUACUUUAAAGUAUUUUUACUUAAGCACUUUACACCCCUGCUUUGCUGAAGAUCUUACUGAAGCUGUACUUGAUGUAGUUACUUAGUUGAUGUGUUCUGUUUGUUCCAGGUAACAGUGUCCCCACCCUCACCGUCCUGGCCCCCUCUAGUGAGGAGCUGUCCAGUACAACAACAGCCACACUGACGUGUCUGGCCAACAAGGGCUUCCCCUCAGACUGGACCAUGAGCUGGAAAGUGGAUGGGACCAGCAAGAAGCAGGAGGCCAGUCCCGGGGUCCUGGAGAAGGACGGCCUGUACAGCUGGAGCAGCACCCUGACUCUCACUGCCCAGGAGUGGACCAAGGCAGGAGAGGUGACCUGUGAAGCCCAGCAGAAAUCCCAGACUCCAGUCACCAAGACCCUGAGGAGGGCUGACUGUUCU